CGACGUUUCAAAAUGGCAGUCAAAACACCAAAAAUGUCAUUUUAAUGACAAUUAUGACAUUGUUUUAAAUGUAUUGUCUGGUCUCCUGUGACAGACUACAUUUUCUGAGACAUGCCAAAAAAGUUCCAAGGGACGAAUUCAAAGGCAGAAGCUGCCAGAGCUCGAAAACAGGAAACAAGAAACGCUGAGAAAGCGAAAAGAAAGGAAAAUGAGGACAGAUACUGGCAGAGCUGGGAGUCUGGGGAUAAAAUGAAAAUAAAAAAAAGGAAGUACAUGAGAAAGAAGCUGAAAAAAGCGGAGGCAAGCAAACCUGCAAAGAAAAAUGUGACAGUCAUGAGUGAAUCUGAACUUGAGGAAAAUAUAAAUCAUUUAGUUCGGAGUCUUUGGCUGUGGAUGGUGGAGUUGAAGAAUGUUGAAGAAGCCAUCUCUGUAUUAUCUGUGAAUGAGAAAGAGGAUUUGCAUCCUGAGCGGAGAAUGAAAGGCUUUGUAGCAUUCGAGGAACAAAGACUUCCUGUUCUCAAGGCAGAAAAUCCUAACAUGAGACUGUCGCAAAUUAAACAGUUGCUUAAAAAGGAAUGGCUUCGAUCUCCCAGCAAUCCCCUCAAUCAGAAUUUUGCAUCUUACAGCAACAAGUAGUAGUAUUUGUUCACAAAAUGAUUAUUUACAUCUUCUCGACCUUUGUUUUUGUGGGGAAGAUGUAAAUUGUAAGAACCCAUGUGAGGUGGAGUUGUUGGAUUUUUGUCUUAGCCUAGUAUGCAUUAACUCGCAUUUAUGCUGUGAUGAAUGUAAUUAAUGGAUUUCAUGAGAAUUGUUCCCAAAAGUGGAGCUGUAGAAACAGCAUGUUUUUGAAACGAAUUAUGACACAACUGAGUUUGAUUAACUAAAAAAUUAAGCUUGUUUGUUGCCACGAGAUGAUGGCUAUUUUUGAAGCAAAUAAAUGAAACGAAUAAGCUUUCCAUCAA